AGAGGGGCUGGGAAACUGCUAUGCAUGGCCAGACAGUAUGGUUUGUGAUGUUGUGGUUGGUGAAAACUGGUUGUGAUGAUUCUUCUCUGACUGUGGGUAUGAACAUUGGGCCUUUCCUAUCUUGCAAAGAGGCCCAAAGGGAUCUCCCUCUACCUGCUGGAAUCAAGGCUCAGAGCUCAUAUGCUUAGAGGCAGGAACUGCUGAAUAUUUCCAAACUUCUGAGCUUAGGGACAAGUCACCCUUAUUCCCACAACUUUCCUCAGUCAUUCAGGUGACUGUGGUGACCCGAUAGAGGAAAUAAAUGCAUCAUGUGGUGGCAUUUUGUUCCUGACUCUGGUGUCCCCUGCUGUUCAUCAUUCAGAGAAAUAGCUGCCAUGCAACUGACUUUUAUUUCUGUUUAAGGGGAGGAAAACUCACAUGUGCAAAAGUAUAUUUGACAAAGGUUUGGGAAAUCCAUCCCUGAAUUAUACUUGUCUCAUCUUUGCUGAUCUGUUUUCCUGGAAUGGACUUGCUUUAUUGCGUAGUGCUCCCAGGACCCAGCAAAGAGGUCAAAAAGAACAUCCUGUCUGAGUACCUUCCUGGAUGCAUCUGAAUCUCAGAGACUAGGUUCCAGCAGAAUUACAGCCAGUAUGUGCUGCUACCAGGGUAGCAUGAAGUUUGAGUCAUGUGCAUGUGGCAUGAAACCUUCAACUUAGGAAAGCUGCUAGGUAUCAGUGAGGGUGGGGGGGAGUGCCUCAAAGGGAGAAGCCCCAGCAAGAUUUAUUCCUCUUUUUGCUUCUUCUUCUCCCUGUCCCUAUCAUAACCAUGAAGCCUUGAACAAAUCACCCAAAUCUUAGUGGUUUUCUCCAUAAAUUGUAAUAUGAACUUGCAAAGAUUCUCCAUUGCUGAUAGUCUAAGGUUCUGUGAGUAGCAACAAAAAAACUUUGUAGCUAACUUCAACCAGAGCAGGCUGUACCCUCAAGCUCUACAAAAAAAGAAUACACUACAUCCCACAGUCCAGGCAAAGAAUUACAUGUUCAUAUUAUAAAUGUUUCAAACUAGAUAUCUGCUUGAUCUUUCCCCUCUACAGUAAAGCAAAUAACUGGGGGAGGGGUUAGUUUGUUUUGACGAGUGCUUUGGGGAGCAUCCUUUUGAGAGCAGCAGGAAGCCUCCCCCAGAGUCUCAAAUACAGCCAAGGGUAUGUUACCUCCCUUCUCAUUUGUAAAGUUACCGUCGCUCUUUGACAAAUAUUCCCAAAGACUGGUUUUAUGGGUCCUUAUGGCUCCUAGGCAUCCUAUAACUAUUUGCCAUUGAUUAAUGCUCAGUUCAGACCCAGAUGGUGGUCCACUUCUUCCUGUUGUCAGCCAGUGGCCUGAGGAAGACCACAGAACCCUUUACAUGGAGCCUUCCAAAAUGGAAAUAGCUGCAUUUCAGUGGCAAUUCUAUCUUGUGAAGAUGCCUGUAGCUGGAAUCCUCUGUCAUUGUUUCUCUGAAAGACUGAUGGACGGCGCUGGUCUUUGGCCUCUUUGCCCUCUUCAGGAUAUGGAACUAACACUCCUAGCUCCACUGUCUCAUCAUCAUGCUCCUCACAGGAAAAGCUGCACCAGUUGCCUUUCCAGCCUACAGCUGAUGAGCUACACUUUUUGACGAAGCAUUUCAGCACAGAGAGCGUACCAGAUGAGGAGGGACGGCAGUCCCCAGCCAUGCGGCCCCGCUCCCGGAGCCUCAGUCCUGGACGAUCCCCAGUUUCCUUUGACAGUGAAAUAAUAAUGAUGAAUCAUGUGUACAAAGAAAGAUUCCCGAAGGCCACCGCACAAAUGGAAGAGCGACUAGCAGAGUUUAUUUCCUCCAACACUCCAGACAGCGUGCUGCCCUUGGCAGAUGGAACCCUUAGCUUUAUUCAUCAUCAGGUGAUUGAGAUGGCCCGAGACUGCCUGGAUAAAUCUCAGAGUGGCCUCAUUACAUCACAGUACUUCUAUGAACUUCAAGAAAAUCUGGAGAAACUCUUGCAAGAUGCUCAUGAGCGCUCAGAGAGCUCGGAAGUGGCUUUUGUGAUGCAGCUGGUGAAAAAGCUGAUGAUUGUCAUUGCCCGCCCAGCACGUCUACUGGAAUGCCUGGAGUUUGACCCUGAAGAGUUCUACCACCUAUUAGAAGCAGCUGAGGGCCACGCCAAAGAGGGACAAGGGAUUAAAUGUGACAUUCCCCGCUACAUCGUUAGCCAGCUGGGCCUCACACGGGAUCCCCUAGAGGAAAUGGCCCAGUUGAGCAGCUGUGACAGUCCUGAUACUCCAGAGACAGAUGAUUCUAUUGAGGGCCGUGGGGCAUCUCUGCCAUCUAAAAAGACACCCUCUGAAGAGGACUUCGAAACCAUUAAGCUCAUCAGCAAUGGCGCCUAUGGGGCUGUAUUCCUGGUGCGGCACAAGUCCACCCGGCAGCGCUUUGCCAUGAAGAAGAUCAACAAGCAGAACCUGAUCCUACGGAACCAGAUCCAGCAGGCCUUCGUGGAACGUGACAUACUGACUUUCGCUGAGAACCCCUUUGUGGUCAGCAUGUUCUGCUCCUUUGAGACCAAGCGCCACUUGUGCAUGGUGAUGGAGUAUGUUGAAGGGGGAGACUGUGCCACUCUGCUGAAGAAUAUUGGGGCCCUGCCUGUGGACAUGGUGCGUCUAUACUUUGCAGAAACUGUGCUGGCCCUGGAGUACUUACACAACUAUGGCAUCGUGCACCGUGACCUCAAGCCUGACAACCUCCUAAUUACAUCCAUGGGGCACAUCAAGCUCACUGACUUUGGACUGUCCAAAAUUGGCCUCAUGAGUCUGACAACGAACUUAUAUGAGGGUCAUAUUGAAAAGGAUGCCCGGGAAUUCCUGGACAAGCAGGUAUGCGGGACCCCGGAAUACAUUGCGCCUGAGGUGAUCCUGCGCCAGGGCUAUGGGAAGCCAGUGGACUGGUGGGCCAUGGGCAUUAUCCUGUAUGAGUUCCUGGUGGGCUGUGUCCCUUUUUUUGGAGAUACUCCGGAGGAGCUCUUUGGGCAGGUGAUCAGUGAUGAGAUUGUGUGGCCUGAGGGUGAUGAUGCACUGCCCCCAGACACCCAGGACCUCACCUCCAAACUGCUCCACCAGAACCCUCUGGAGAGACUGGGCACAGGAGGUGCCUAUGAGGUGAAGGAGCACCCAUUCUUUACUGGUCUGGAUUGGACAGGACUUCUCCGCCAGAAGGCUGAAUUUAUUCCUCAGCUGGAGUCAGAGGACGAUACUAGCUAUUUUGACACCCGCUCAGAGCGCUACCACCACGUGGACUCAGAGGAUGAGGAAGACGUGAGUGAGGAUGGCUGCCUUGAGAUCCGCCAGUUUUCCUCCUGCUCUCCAAGGUUCAGCAAGGUAUACAGCAGCAUGGAACGGCUCUCACUACUGGAAGAGCGUCGGACGCCACCCCCGACCAAGCGCAGCCUGAGUGAGGAGAAGGAGGACCGCUCAGAAGGCCUGGCGGGGCUCAAAGGCCGAGACCGGGGCUGGGUGAUCGGCUCCCCUGAGAUAUUACGGAAGCGGCUGUCGGUGUCUGAGUCAUCCCACACGGAGAGUGACUCAAGCCCUCCAAUGACAGUGCGACGCCGCUGCUCGGGCCUCCUGGAUGUACCUCGGUUCCCUGAGGGCCCUGAGGAGGCCAGCGGCACUCCCAGGAGGCAGCUGCAGGAGGGUGUAUGGUUCCUGACACCCCUUUCUGGAGAAGGGAUAUCUGGGCUUGUCCCUGAACGCUCUGGGGAGCAGCGGCUGAAGCUGGAUGAGGAAGCUGUUGGACGGAGCAGUGGUUCCAGUCCAGCUAUGGAGACCCGAGGGCGUGGGACCCUGCAGCUGUCUGAAGGAGCCACGGCCAAGGCCAUCAGUGACCUGGCUGUGCGUAGGGCCCGCCACCGGCUGCUGUCUGGAGACUCUACAGAGAAGCGCACCACUCGCCCUGUCAACAAAGUGAUCAAGUCUGCCUCAGCCACAGCCCUCUCGCUCCUCAUUCCUUCGGAACACCACACCUGCUCCCCGUUGGCCAGCCCCAUGUCCCCACAUUCUCAGUCGUCCAACCCAUCAUCCCGGGACUCUUCUCCAAGCAGGGACUUCUUGCCAGCCCUUGGCAGUGUAAGGCCCCCCAUCAUCAUCCACCGAGCUGGCAAGAAGUAUGGCUUCACCCUGCGGGCCAUUCGUGUAUACAUGGGUGACUCCGACGUCUACACAGUGCACCACAUGGUGUGGCACGUGGAGGACGGAGGUCCAGCCAGCGAGGCAGGGCUUCGUCAAGGUGACCUCAUCACCCAUGUCAAUGGGGAAACUGUGCAUGGGCUGGUGCACACAGAGGUGGUGGAGCUGAUCCUGAAGAGUGGAAACAAGGUGGCUAUUUCAACAACUCCCCUGGAGAACACAUCUAUUAAAGUGGGGCCAGCUAGGAAGGGCAGCUACAAGGCCAAGAUGGCCCGAAGGAGCAAGAGGAGCCGCGGCAAGGACGGGCAAGAAAGCAGAAAAAGGAGUUCCCUGUUUCGCAAGAUCGCCAAGCAAGCAUCCCUGCUCCACACCAGCCGCAGCCUUUCUUCCCUUAACCGUUCCUUGUCAUCAGGGGAGAGUGGGCCAGGCUCUCCCACACACAGCCACAGCCUUUCCCCCCGAUCUCCCACUCAAGCCUACCGCGUGACCCCCGAUGCUGUGCAUUCAGUGGGGGGGAAUUCAUCACAGAGCAGCUCCCCCAGCUCCAGCGUGCCCAGUUCCCCAGCCGGCUCUGGGCAUACACGGCCUAGCUCCCUCCACGGUCUGGCACCCAAGCUCCAGCGCCAGUACCGCUCUCCACGGCGCAAGUCAGCAGGCAGCAUCCCACUGUCACCACUGGCCCACACCCCUUCUCCCCCACCCCCAGCAGCUUCACCUCAGCGGUCCCCAUCACCCCUGUCUGGCCAUGUAGCCCAGGCCUUUCCCACAAAGCUUCACUUGUCACCUCCCCUAGGCAGGCAACUCUCGCGGCCCAAGAGUGCGGAGCCACCCCGUUCACCACUACUCAAGAGGGUGCAGUCAGCUGAGAAACUGGCAGCAGCACUGGCCGCUUCCGAGAAGAAGCUAGCCACUUCUCGCAAGCACAGCCUUGACCUGCCCCACUCUGAGCUAAAGAAGGAACUGCCGCCUAGGGAAGUCAGCCCUCUGGAGGCGGUUGGAGCCAGGGGUAUGCUUUCUGGCAAGGGAGCCCUGCCAGGGAAAGGGGUGCUGCUGCAGCCUGCUCCUUCGCGGGCCCUAGGUACUCUCCGGCAGGACCGAGCCGAACGACGAGAGUCACUGCAGAAGCAAGAAGCCAUCCGUGAGGUGGACUCCUCAGAGGAUGACACGGAGGAGGGGCCUGAGAACAGCCAAGGUGCACAGGAGCUGAGCGUGGCACCUCACCCAGAAGUGAGCCAGAGCGUGGCCCCCAGAGGAGCGGAAGAGAGUGGGGAAGAGGAUACUUUCUCGUCCAGAGUCCUCAGGAGCCCUGGCCCAGUGGUCCCAGGCCUAUUGACAGGGAUUACACUGGGGCCUCCCAAAAUGGAAGGUCCCAGUGGCCCCCAGAGGAGGCUCGGGAGCCCACAAACUGUUGAGGAAGCUGCCAGCUCCUCCUCUCCAGACCCCAACCUGGGUAAGUCUGGAGCUACAGACCCCAUCCUUUCUGAAGGUUGCUGGAAGGCUCAGCGCCUCUACACCCAGGCACUAACAGCACUUUCUCCCAGCUCUUCAGGACUCGCCCCCACCAGCAGCCACUCUCCUCCCACCUCCACCUCUGGGAAGCUAGGCACGUGGUCCUGGAAAUUCCGUAUUGAGGGCCCAGAGAGGGCAGCCCCAAGCAGAAAGGCAGCCAUGACAAGUGGGCUAGCCAACCUCCAGGAUUUGGAAACAACUCCAGCCCACCCUAAGAACCUGUCUCCCUGGGAACAGGGGAAGACACAGUCACCUAGUGUCCCCAGACUGACCCAUCCCCCUUGUGAGGAUCCCAGCCAAGGCUGGCUGUGGGAGUCUGAGUGUGCACAAGUAAAAGAGGAUCCAGCCCUGAGCAUCACCCAAGUGCCUGAUGCCUCAGGUGACAGAAGGCAGGACGUUCCAUGCCGAGGCUGCCCCCUCACCCAGAAGUCUGAGCCCAGCCUCCUCUGGAGGGGCCAAGAACUAGGGAGCCAUCAAAAACAUCAGAAUCUGGCAUUGGUGCCAGAUGAGUUUUUAAAGCAAACAUAGCAGUUGUUUGCCAUUUCUUGCACUCAGACCUGUGUAAUAUAUACUCCUGGAAACCA